UGAAGAGAAGAGAGCUUUAAAAGGGUAGAGAAGAGACCUGUUGGCAAGCGCUUCCUGGACUGUUCACAAGGCAUCGCUUUUUUGGGGCCUGUGGAUCUGAAAGCUGCUGUCAUGGCAACCAUGUAUGACUGGCAGAAAACAGACCACAGUCUCUGAGCUCCAGUCAACCUGGACGCUUCAGAGCAUGAACCACACUCUUAUGGGGAGAUGAAGAGUUGUGAUAUGGAGACACCAGGGCAGCUGCAUACUGUGAGGACUAUGACGCAUCAAGCAUAUCAACCCCUGCUUCCCUCUGGAAACAAAUAUCUGCAGCAGAAAUGGGACAUGGCUUCAUAUGAUUUACACAGGGGAAAGGUGAAGUCAGCAAAACCAACAAUAAACACGACUCCACCAAAGACCUAUGACCACCUGACUCUCAGGCUGAAAAAACUAAAGCUUGAAGAGGAAUGGACAACGAAGAUUCAGAGGGAAAACAAUAUGCUUAUGGAGAAAAUAUCACGCAUCAUGAGGACGACUGGAGGAGUUGACAACAGGAAUUAUUAUGACAGAAAAAGCCUUGGCAAGGAGAAGCGACAGCUGGAGUUGCUCCGUAUUACCAAGGAGAAUCAAAUGAUCCUCUUCCGUCUGAGCCAAUGCAGGCCUCACUAUAAUGUGAGGAGCUGGCAUGAGGACUGGCUCAAAACUCUCAAGGUGAUGGACAGCAUCGCACGUUACCCACGAGAAAGAUCAAAUCAGCAAAAGGGACAAGAAAACCCCAUCAGAAAGUGCAGUGACUGUGAUAAAGAACAAAAGAUCAGAGCUGAUUCAACAACACAGAGCCCUGCAAGCAACAUGGCCACUGGUAAAGCACGAAAAAUGAAAAGUGAAAAGGGGAAAGAAACCAGCGAGAAAGACGGUACAAGAACGGAGAUGCAGCAGGACAGUGUGACAUACCCGGCCCCUGAACCAAAUCUACAUGGGAAACCCAUUUCACCUGGUCCACCUGGUUCUUCUGACAGUACAGCGGAUAAACCUCAAUGCUGAAACUUUUUCCUCUCCUGGUGGAUCUGAAACGCCACAACACUCAAGGAUAAGACUGCAAGUCCUAUGGGGGGUUAAAAUGGCAAAGUCAAGUUUUUCUGCACACUAAAGAGACUGUUAGUUCCACAUUUUUUGAAAAGGGCAGUCUUAACACCAGAGAAACUCUACCUAGAUACUGUAUGGUACUUAUAUGAUCUUUGGUACUAGAUAGUCUAAAAUCUGUUGUCAGUUGUAGUAUUUGUAUUUGCUUUGUACUGAGAUACAUUUAUGAACUCAAUAUCUCUGUGGAAGAUGUGAUAUUCACAGACAGAAUGAUAAACUAUUUUAAUGUUUCUUUCAUAACA